AUGAACAGUCCGUACACUCGUCGUCUCGUCGUCUCUUGGAUCUCCGUUUUGGACAACAAACCGGGCAUCGACAUGCUCGAAUACUUCCCGCAGCUCAUGGAGGGGCUUUUCUUGCUUCUCAGCGACGAGCAUCGCGAAAUCCGCGUGGAAACCGACGACGUUUUGCAGUCGUUUCUCUCCGAAAUCAAAAGCAGCGAGCCAAACGACACGAUAAUGAACUCCAUGGUCGUUUUUGCCACGCGUCCUCAUCCCCAGGUCAACGUUCUUCUCAAUUUGGUGCAUCACAACGAUCGAUUCAUCCGACACACCGUCGUCACGUGGAUCUACGAGUUCGUUCAUGUGACCGAGUGGUCCAUUCCCUACGCUCGUUUGUUCCGCGUUCUGCUGCCCUGCUACGCCGAUUCCGAGAAGGAAGUCCAGGAAAAGGCGCAGGCCACGUGCUGGGAAUUGCUCAAAAGCCUCAAAAAGAACGGAGAAACCGUGGAACUGAUGCCUCUCAUCGAGGUGGUGUGCACGGUUCUCUCGAAGAAUCACAGAGAUCAGUGCUUGUUGUGCUUGGAUCUCGUGAACGUUCUGCUGGAAAUCCGAGGCAAGGACAUGAUAACCGUUCCCGAGCUUCGGAACGUGCUUAUCGAGACGUUGAAGAAAGAAAACGACGACGUGAUCGACUACGAUCUCCGCGUUCUCGUGAAAUACGUGCAAUACAGCCAAGAACUAACGACGUUCAUUCGCCAUAUUUUGAAAAUGCUGGAGCAGGACGAGCAAUAUCUCGAAGACCGCGGCUGUCUGAUCAUCCGAACGCUCUGCAAGUACAUCAACAGCGAGCAGGUCUUCCAGAUUCUCUCCACGACGAUUUCGGAAUCCGAGAACAAGCGCUUCGCCUCGCUCUUCGUGCAGAUGAUGAACGUGAUUCUCCUCACCGCCGACGAAACCGCCGAGAUGUGCAAGAAGCUCCAGUCCUGCUUCGCGCCCGCCCAGCCCAAGCCCGAGGGGCAGCAGGUCUUCAACUCGCUGUAG